GGGAGCUGAGCGCUGUACUCCGCGCGGUCCUCGGCUGCGGCGUCGGGGCGUGAGAACCCGGCUGGCGGGGACAGAGUGUGCCUCUCGGCGCUUGGGCUGCGUCUUCACCUGCGUUGUUCCGACCGGGACCUGGGGGCGAUGGCGGGGCUGCAACCUCUGGCGCUGCAGCUGGAACAGUUGUUGAAUCCCCGACCGCGCGAGGCGGAUCCUGAGGCCGACCCGGAGGAGGACACUGCUGCCAGAGUGAUUGACAGGUUUGAUGAAGGGGAAGAAGGGGACGGUGAUUUCCUGGCAGUCGGUAGCAUUAGGAAACUGGCAUCAGCCUCCCUCUUGGACACAGACAAAAGGUAUUCUGGCAAAACCACCUCUAGGAAAGCUUGGAAGGAAGACCAGUGGGAGCAGACUCUGCCAGGUUCAUCUGACAAGGAAAUAUCUGACGAGGAAGGGCCUGGAGAUACAGACUCUGAGGGACUGGGUCUGGAGGGCUCUGAUGAAGACCUGAGUGCCCCUGAGGAACAGGAGUAUGCUGAUGAGGACGAGGAAGAGGAAGAGGAAGGGAAGAAGAGGAGCAGGAGCCGCUCUGCACACACGCCGGGCUUCCGAGUGCAGAGCAUCAGUGACUUUGCGAGAUUUACUGAGGGAAUGGGUGACCUUGGGAGCGCUGAGGACGAGGAGGAUGAAGACGAAGAGAGUGGCAUGGAGGAAGGGGAGGAAGGGGAUGAGGAGGAGGACUUGGAGCGUGAGAGUGAGGAAGACAGGGCUGGAGACAGGAACAGUGAAGACGAUGGUGUGGUGAUGACCUUCUCCAGUGUCAAAGUUUCCGAGGAAGUGGAAAAAGGACGAGCUGUGAAGAACCAGAUAGCACUGUGGGAUCAGCUCUUGGAAGGAAGGAUCAAACUGCAGAAAGCUCUGUUGACCACUAAUCAGCUGCCUCAACCAGAUGUUUUCCCUGUUUUCAAGGACAAAGGUGGUCCAGAAUUUGCCAGUGCCCUGAAAAAUAGUCACAAAGCCCUUAAAGCAUUGUUGAGGUCAUUGGUGGAUCUUCAGGAAGAGUUGCUUUGUCAGUACCCAGACACUAGAUACCUGGUAGAUGGGACCAAGCCUGAAGUAGAAAGUGAGGAGAUUUCUAGUGAAGACGAUGAAGUGGUACAAGAGAAGAAGAAGCAGAAAAGGGCACCACCAAAGAGGAAGCUGGAGAUGGAUGACUAUCCCAGCUUCAUGGCAAAGCGCUUUGCCGACUUCACCAUCUACAGGAACCGCACACUUCAGAAAUGGCAUGAUAAAACCAAGCUGGCCUCUGGAAAACUCGGAAAGGGCUUCGGUGCCUUUGAACGCUCGAUCUUGACUCAGAUUGAUCAUAUUCUUAUGGACAAAGAAAGAUUACUCCGAAGGACACAGACCAAGCGCUCUGUCUACCGGGUUCUUGGCAAACCGGAACUUGCAGCUCAGCCUGUCCCAGAGAGUUUGCCAGGAGAACCAGAGGUCCUGCCUCAAGCCUCUGCCAAUGCUCACCUGAAGGACUUGGAUGAAGAAAUCUUUGAUGAUGAUGACUUUUACCACCAGCUCCUACGAGAACUCAUAGAACGGAAGACCAGCUCCUUGGAUCCCAAUGAUCAGGUGGCCAUGGGAAGGCAGUGGCUUGCCAUCCAGAAGUUACGAAGCAAAAUCCACAAGAAAGUGGAUAGAAAAGCUAGCAAAGGAAGGAAACUUCGGUUUCAUGUCCUUAGCAAGCUACUGAGCUUCAUGGCACCUAUUGACAAUACUACAAUGAAUGAUGAUGCUAGGACAGAGCUGUAUCGAUCCCUCUUUGGCCAGCUCAACCCUCCCGACGAAGGCCCCCAGGACUGACGGCACCCCUCGUCCGCAGCUGCAGGCCCAGUGAGGCCCUCUCAGCACCCAGCAGCUCCUCGGCCAGUUGGGCUGUUCGUCCAGAUGGACCGUUGACUUGAUGGGUUCAGCUAGCAGGGAAGUCCCGGGCAGAUGCUCUCUUGAGAACACGUGCCUAAGGCCUGCAAGGGACCUCCAGGCCCGUGCCCUUUGCCCACCACAAACAAAGAUCGGUGUCACCGCCACCACCGCCUGUGCUUUCCUGAGUAGCUCAGGGGAAGCUGUCAGAGCUCUGGCAGGAUGCACGUUUGUCGGGAUGGCCUCCUAUGCACAAUAGAAAGCUUUGCAUUUCUGUAUCUGUUCACCCCUUAAUGAACAUUUAGGUUGCUUCUGUGUCUUGGGUGUUGGGAAUUGUGGGAGUGAUUCCAGUUCCCUUGUGUAAAACCCAGAGGCAGGGUUGCUUGAUCAUACAGCAGUUGUGUUUUGAGCGCUUCCAGGCACCGCCGUGUGUGUGUUCCCGCAGUGGCUGUGCAAGGGCUCCUUCUCGUCACGUCCUCGCCAGCACACGUUCCUGUUGUCUUUAGGGUGAUGGCAGGUGAGCUCAUUGCCUAUCCCUCAGGGUUAGUGAUGCUGUUGGCCACUUGCAUAUCUUCUUUUGAUAAAUUUCUGUCUUUUGCUCAUUUUUUAAGUGAAUUGUUCUGUUUCUGUUGAGUUGAGUUCCUUAUAUGGAAGUAUGAAUAAAGAAAAUGU